AAAAAAACUUUAUUACAAUUUAUAUUGGGAAUAGACAUGGCAUUUUCAAAGUUUGUGGCUAGUAGUAUUUCUGUAUUUUGAAGCAUUCCCAUGAAGCCAGCUGCAGUGUUCAACAUGAAGGGCAUGUGUAAUGAGAAGCUAAAAGGACAGUUGCAGUGUAGCGAUCAGGGAUGAGCUGACUUUUCCAGAUUUGGUUGGUUUUUUUUCCUCCUCCACUAUUCAUCUUAAUUGUAUUUAGUAUCUUAAAAGAUCUGUUCAGCAUCUUCAUAUUCUUUUUUUGAAGGCAUGUUGGAGGAUUACAAUGGAAAACACAGAGCCAAGGGAAGUCCUUUUUUUCUUUUAAAGAAAAUAUUGCAGAAUAAGAAAAUAUGACUGUAAUGAAGCAGCCUGUGCUAUGUAAGUGCUUUGAAAUUUCAUAAUGGCAGAAUCUAGGUCUUCAGAAGUUAAAAGAUCCCGACUAAGUUUGUCUCUCAGUAAAAAUAAGAAAAAUAAAGGAACCAAAAAAGAGGUAGAAAUUAAAGGAACACAGUCUAUGGCCUCAGCCCCCCCCUCUAUAGUUUCAUUUUUUAACAAUGUUCCCCCUGCCAAAAUCACCUGCCCCAUGUGUGGGCACACAGUGCCAAGGUAUGGAAUAAACAAGCACAUGGAUGAAAUGUGUCAGGGGAACCGUGGUAAGGUGAAUGUGGCUGAUUCAACUUUCAGCUGUUUUAUGAAUGAGAGUUCCUCAGCUGAAAAUAUGAACAGUAAUUCCAGCUCAUAUUUUUCAAAAAAAGAGUCAAAUCUAGAAGCAAGUUCUUCCAAAAACAGUUUGUUGAAAACACAAGCAAGUGCAGCACAACAGGUUAGUCCUUAUUUCAGUAAUAAUAAUUCAGCCUGUGAUGUUCGCAAUGAAUCUUGGGCUCAAACAGUUAAAAUCAUCUCUUUGGGAAGUUUAUCAUCUAAACUGUCCAGAAGACGUCGUAUCGAAGAAGGAAAACAGAUAGUGUAUAAAGAGAUUGACUCAUCCUUUCAAGCUGUUCCCAAUAUAUGGAAAAGUUCUGCAGUAUUGGCUGAUGAAGAGAUUUGUGCUGGGCAUAAUUCUCAGAAACAAAAUCAGCUUGUUCAAAGAGAGGAGCAAAAUCCUUCAAAAAAGAAACCUGAACUUCAGGAAGAAGUAAACAAAUCUCAUGGAGAAGACCUUAUGAAUAUUGUUCAGGUAUCAUUACCAGCAGAUACCGUUAAUGGCAGAAGACUAGUGUUUGGUGCAAGGAACACCAAAACAGAAAGUAGAUCUGAAGGGGUGAUACUUAGCUCUGAUAAAUUUGACAUGCAUCCAGCUAUUUGUACUGCAGCAGAGCUGACCAAUGAUUUGGAAGUGAAAACUCAGCCUGACACUCAGGGAAUUCCUUCUUCCAGGACAGAAGUGAGCUGUGACAGACAAAACUGCUUUAAAGAAGGUGAUGUACAGGUACUUCCUGUGGAAGUUCAUGAAGACUUUAAGGAUGAGAUUAAUCACUCUUUGUCAGAAACUGUGGAAAAGGUAGAAUUUCAAAAUUCCGUUGGUGAUGUUUUAGACAAAGUAAACGAUGAGGUUAGGUCUGUGCUCAACUCUCCUGGUCACCCGUAUUACCUGCAGAAUUUCUUAGUGGUGCUGCAAGCAGUCUUGGAGAACGAAGAUGAUAUGAGACUCUUCAAUGAUCAAGACAUGAACAUUAUUACCAAAUUCUGCCGAUUAUCAGUUGGUGCGCAGAAGUUAUAUGUGAGACUUUUUCAACGCAAACUAAACUGGAUAAAAGUGAACAAAAUAGAGUAUGAAGAGAUAAGUGUGGAUUUGUUACCAAUAAUUGAAGAACUGGUUGAAACUAGCUUUCUGCAAACAGAAUCUGAAUUGGAAGACCUGUGUGAAGGGCUGGAUUUGCUUUCAGCCCCUGAGCUGAAAACAUUAGCAAAGAUCUUUCAUUUGCCUAACCCAAAUGGCCAGAAACAACAACUUGUGGAUGAUUUUCUGAGGCUGGCAAAACAACGUUCAGUCUUCAGCAAGAGUCAGACUGGUAUUGGGACAGUAAUUUUAAAAAGGGUGAAGGACCUGGCUGGAAAAUCUAUUAGGGUCUGUAAAGGCCCCCGGGCUGUAUUUUCUCGAGUGCUGCUGCUAUUUUCACUGUCUGAGUCAAUGGAGGAUGAAGAAGCUGGUAGUGGUGGGCAAGGCCAGCUCUCCACAGUCCUUAUGGUAAACAUGGGGCGUAUGGUAUUCCCCAGUUACACUGUAAAUAGGAAAACAGAAAUCUUCCAGGACAGAGAAGAUCUUAUCAGGUAUGCAACUGCUGCACACCUGUCAAAUGAUAUAGCCACUGCAAUGGUGAAUGGGAACUGGGAAGAAGCUAAUUGUCUCUAUAGGUGUGCUAAAGAAACCUGGAAUGAACUGAAAAAUCAGCCCUCUUUGAGCUAUCACAGAGCUCUACCUGAGUAUCUGAGACAUUUCACAGUUGGCUGGGUGUAUACAAGAAUCCUUUCUCAAGGUGUUGAAAUUUUGCAGAGACUUCACAUGUAUAAGGAAGCGGUGCAGGAGCUGCAGGAUCUUUUGUCUCAGGAAGUGUAUUGUACUGACAGCAGAGGGCGGUGGUGGGAUCGCCUAGCUCUGAAUUUGCAUCAGCACUUGAAAAACACUAAGAAGGCCAUUGACUGCAUUAGAAAUGGGCUUGCAGACCCAUUUGUCCGUACUGGACAUCGUCUCUCUCUAUACCAGCGGGCCCUACGAAUCAGAGACUCACCAAGCUGUAAACAAUUCAGAUGCUUGUUUCAUGAUCUGCCAGUCAUAACUGUGGAAGAUGUGACGCAUGUUACGAUCAAAGGAAAGAUGUGUCCUCAGAUGGGACUGGGAAAAUCUGUGUUUCUAAUGGAGGAUACUGAUGGCGAAGAAGGAGGCGAAGACUUCAGUGUAUCCACAGUCAUGUGCUCUGUUGAGGAACUGGCGUUGACUCAUUAUAGGCAGAAUGGUUUUGAUCAGGGGAUUCAUGGAGAAGGUUCAACGUUUAUUACACUGUAUGGACUUCUAAUGUGGGAUAUCAUAUUCAUGGACAACAUACCCGAUGUUUUCAGAAAUUGCUAUCAGGCAGCUCCUCAGGGCUGUUCUUACCUUUUCAUACAGACGUUCCCCCUGGAUUUAUACACUGACAGCUUCUAUGAGAACAGGAGGGAUGCCAUUGAGGUCAGACUCCAGCAGCUUCAUACUGCUUCCUCAGAGACACUGACAAAGUGGAUCGCUGACAUCUGGAACACUCAGGAGGGAAAAGCAGCAGCACUAGUUAGCUGGGGGCGUUUUAUUUCCCUCCAGCAGGUUCAGAGCCUUGUCUCUUGCCUUGGAGGAACGUUUCUGAGUGGUGUUUUUAGGCAACUUUCUAAAGAUUUACGCCAUUGCAGAGGGGGGCUUCCUGACCUGGUUGUGUGGAGUACUCAUAGUAAUCACUUCAAGCUGGUGGAAGUGAAAGGUCCCAAUGAUCGCCUGUCCUGCAAGCAGAUCAUCUGGCUAAGUGAACUGAAGAAGCUGGGCGCUACAGUAGAGGUUUGUCAUGUGCAAGCAGUUGGAGCUAAGAGUAAACGCCUCAGCUGACAAAAACCAUCUUGAUCACGUGCGUUUUGUAUGCAACUGGCCUAUCCUUAAAGGAAAUGACGUGACACACACUACUGGCUGCUGCCUAUUUAAAAUAGUUUCCCAUAAAACUAUGGCUUCAUGUAAUAUUACUGCAGUUAGUUACACUUUGCACAAAUACAUUCUAAAAUAGUUUGAGAGGACUGUCUAUUUAUGAUUUACAGUAUGUUAACAGCAUUCAGAAGAACAAAGGUUCCUCCUACAUACACAAUAUGUAACUUAUUGUACAAAAAGGUAAUAUAGGGUCUUUGUUCAGUCAAGAGAAUUAGCUGCAAUCAGAUCUGUACCAAAUGAAAAAAAAAUCUUCUUCAAUAAAAAAUGCAUUGUAUCAAGUCCUUCA